UCUUAGUUUUCUUCUUCCUCCUCCUCCUCCCAGUUGUGCUUGAGUAAGACAUGGAGGAGUCAUUGGAGUGCCUUGUCGAGAGGGUUAAGCAAGAGGUUUUCUCUCCCUCCGCUGACAUAUACUCCUUCCUGCCAUCGUCUGCCUACGAGACUGCAUGGGUAGCCAUGAUACCCAAUCCUGAACGACGCCGUCGUCCAAUGUUCCCAAACUGUUUGAUUUGGAUGCUUCGAAACCAAAACGAUGGAGGGUCAUGGGGAGAGCUCGAUCUCACCAUAGACUGCCUCACUGCGACUCUGGCUUGUACUAUUGCGCUCAAGACCUGGAACGUUGGCUACAUAAAUAUAGAGAAAGGAUUGAAAUUUCUUCAUGCACACACGGAGAAGGUGCUUAUGAAACACCAUGGUGGCAUCCCCCGAUGGUUUGCCAUUAUAUUCCCGGGCAUGCUUGAGCUGGCGAAGGCCAAAGGCUUGGAGGUCUUUCCUCAGGGCUACACAGGAGUCGUGGAAGAUAUCUUCAACGAAAGGGAGAAAAUUUUCAAAAUGGAAGAAACAUCCUGUGGGGGUCACCAUCUUCCACUUUCACUGUACCUCGAGGCCUUGCCAGCAAUCUACCGAGGGAAGCAUGAAGAUAUUCUUAAGCAUAAGAGAGAAGAUGGGUCCUUGUUUCAUUCCCCGUCUGCAACUGCUUGUGCUUUCAUGAUCACUGGAGAUGGAGAUUGCAAGGAGUAUUUGGAAGCCAUAGUCCAAAGAUGCGGACAUGGAGUUCCUCCCGCAUACCCUGUGGACCAAGACCUCAUAAAGCUGUGUAUGAUGGACCAUUUGAUGCGACUAGGAUGUGGUGAACAUUUCACCAAGGAAAUAGGAGAUGCGAUGGAUCACAUUUAUUGGAAUUGGGUAACGGAGGAGCUGCAACCGUCUAAUGUGCACGAUCUGCCGCUCCAAAUAUUCAAAGAUUUUUUAACCUUUCAACUCCUAAGAAAGCACGGCCAUCGAAUAUCCCCAGAGAGGUGUUGCUGGUUUAUGCGUGACCCACAAAUGCUCCUGCACAUAGAAGAGAACUAUCAAGACUUCUUGGGAGCUAUGUAUGCUGUCUACAUAGCCACACAUUUGAUGUUUCCAGAGGAACCAGAAUUUGAAAAUGCCAAAACUUUCUCCAAGAAAAUAUUGCAAAAGGGAUUGCCAGGCAAAGAUGUGAAAGACCAUCCUUCGGCUCUUUCUGAUCUCCAGGAGGAGAUUGAGCACGAGUUGAAGCAUCUGUGGUUAGCACGGAUGGAUCAUCUGGAGCAUCGGACAUACAUAGAAAGAACUAAAGGCUACAAUAUUUGGAUUGGAAAGUCCUCCUCUUGCAGGCUAACAUGCUCGGACGACAUUAUCCAGCUUGCCAUAAAAAAUUUCAUGACUCGCCAAUCAGUCUACAGGACUGAACUCGAGGAGCUAAAGAGGUGGUCCAAAGAUACGGGCCUCGCCAACAUGGGCUUCGGACGAGAGAACACAUCAUAUUGUUACUUUGUUGCUGCUACUCCCAUUUUCCUUCUCUUAGACUCGGAGGUGCGGAAAAUUAUCGCUAAAAGUGCAAUCUUAGUUACAGUUGCAGAUGAUUUUUUUGAUGAGCACGGUUCAUUGGAUGAAUUACAAUGCCUAACUCAAGCAGUACAAAGGUGGGAAGGAGAAGGCUUAUCUGGGCAUAGUAAAGUUAUUUUUGAGACUCUUGAUGACCUCGUAUGUGAUAUUGCAUUGAAGAUUUUCAACCAACAAGGUCAUGAUAUGAAAACACUUCUUCAAGAUUUCUGGCGAGAAGCAUUCGAUGUGUGGUUGACGGAAUCUGAGUGGAGUAGAAUCAAACAUGCACCAUCAAUUGAUGAAUACCUUCGAGUAGGCACGCUCUCCAUAGCUAUACAAGCAAUGUAUCUCCCCGCAUGUUAUCUUGCAAGUCCAAAGCACCCACAAAGCUCUUCGGGAACCCGUUAUAGCAAAAUUACCAAAUUGUUAAUGCUCUCAACUCGCUUACUGAAUGAUAUUCAAAGCUAUGAGAAAGAGAUGAAAGAUGGAAAACUGAACAUGGUGCCAUUGUACUUGAAAGCGAAUCCAGAGGCAAAUAUUGAAGAUUCUAUUGCAUAUAUACAGAACAAACUAGAAAGGUUCGAGAAGCAGCUGCUUGAAAUUACUAUGGUUGAUAGCAAUGCUGAAGUACCGAAAGAAUGGAAACAAAUCCAUCUAUGUGCUUUAAAGGGGUUUCAGAUGCUUUUUAACACUUUUAAUGCAUUCGACUCACCUACCGCGCUACUUCAAGACAUUACUAUGGCCUUCUACGAGCCAUUAGCUAUGGACUCUCAAAGAAUGCUUCUGCCAACGUUUGUGCUUAAUGCUCAUGAGUCAAUUAAGGAGAAUACAGGACGGUUAAUGGAUGAUAGUUCUAAGAAAGAAGUGAAGACUCAAGGUCAGCUUCAAGGAAUGAACGGUAAAAUAGUUUAUAAUUCAAGAGCAAUUCCUUCCAAAAUCAAGCAGUCACUAUAUUAUGUGAGGCCCAAAUGUUUGCUUGGAUUACGGCGUCCAUCUUCUUGCAUGUUUUUAGCUGUGCCUCCCAAUUCUCCAAGUCCUUUAUUGAAAAUGUAGGUGGCAGCUUUCAGAUGUGCGUGUUGAAGAAAUAUUUAUAUCUAUGUUGCUAUAUCUUCUAUAUUGUUACAUUUUUACCAAAAGAGUGCAAUGUGUAGUUUUUUAUGCACAACAUAUUGAUGAUAAUAUAGAAAAUGUAAGUGCAAUAAGAAUUUAUGGUUGUUUUGUCCGUA